GUAAAGAGCCAGGGGAAGUGCAGGAAGCGAGGAGAUAUGGUGAUUGUGGUCCUUCUCACGUUUCCUCCUAUCUAGUUCAUUUUGUAAAGCCUUAUUGAGGAGAGGACCCUACAACUUUCAGCUUUCAAGCGGCAGUAACCUUCUUUCCAUUCAGCAACAUGGCAGCGCUCAACUGUUCCCUCGCAACUCUCCUCACGUCUGCUGACGCGGUUUUCAGCGGCACAGGCUGUCCAGAGGCGGCUCUACUGUGUGGGAUGAAUAUCUCCUGGGUUUUGUCCAACUCCACUCAACAAGAUCUAGAUGAGCUAUGUUUGAGUGAGGACGAGUACCUGACCAGGCACCUGGGGCCUCUGCGCUCCCCUGUGUUCUUUCCCGUCUGUGUCACCUACCUCACCAUCUUCCUGGUGGGCGUCCUGGGCAAUGCCCUGACCUGUGCGGUCAUUUUACGCUACCGGGUGAUGCAGACCCCCACCAACUACUACCUGCUGAGCCUGGCGGUGUCUGACCUGCUGGUGCUGCUGCUGGGCAUGCCGUUAGAGCUCUACGACAUGUGGCAGAACUACCCCUUCCUGCUCGGCGAGGGAGGCUGCUACUUCAGGACCUUUCUGUUUGAGACGGUCUGUUUCGCCUCCAUCCUUAACGUGACCGCGCUCAGCGUGGAGCGCUACGUGGCGGUGGUCCACCCCCUGAAAGUCAAAUACAUGACCACCCGUGCGCAUGUCAAGAGGGUCAUCCUCGUACUGUGGGCUCUGUCCAUGAUGUGCGCGGUGCCAAACACCAGUCUGCAUGGAAUAAUGAUGCUGCCUUCAAAGUUUGGACGACAGUUCCCUCGGUCUGCAAUCUGUCACGUGGUCAAACCCACCUGGAUGUACAAUCUGAUCAUCCUGAUUUCCACGCUUGCCUUCUUCCUGCUCCCAAUGCUGAUCAUUAGCAUUUUCUACAUGCUCAUUGGCGUACAGCUCCACAGAGAGAGGACCAUGACUGUGGUGGGCACCGGGUGUAGCUUUGGACCAGAAAGUCUGUCCAGGUCCCAUAAGCAGAAGCUCAGCAAACGCAACGUGCAAGUCACCAAAAUGCUGUGUGUGGUGGUGGUUGUGUUCGGCCUCUGCUGGGCUCCCUUCCACAUGGACCGCUUAAUGUGGAGCUACAUGGACACCUCCUCUCAGCAGCACCUCAAGAUCUUCGAGCAUGUCCACAUCAUCUCUGGGGUUUUCUUCUACUUGAGCUCCGCCAUCAACCCCAUCCUCUACAACCUCAUGUCCACCAGGUUCAGAGAAAUGUUCAGUCAUGUGACGUGUUACUCCAGCAGCUGGCCCGCACGCUCCAGUUCGCAGAUGAUACAGCGCAGCACCUUGAGCAAGAACGUGCCCAACCCUACUAAAUGGACUUCUGAACCAGGGGAAGUAAAAGAACAUUAGACACUGAUGGGCAACAGAUUGUGGAGGAACGCAACAAAUAGAGGGCGCAAAGGGUCACUGAUGGUUUGUAUUAUAGGCAGACACAGUUCAAUCCUGCCCACUGCCUAUUCCAUGACAGAUUACAAGAAGAGCAAACUGUCCGAUUCCAAUCACAGAGUAAUGACUCGUGUCCUCGCAGACGUAGUGAAGUCUACAGAGCUUUAACAUCGCCCUCUGACACGGUAUUGCAUUCAAAAUAAAGGAAAUAGCUGGGCCACAUGGUCGGAA